AUGCGGACCAGGCUCGGCCCCGAGGGUAUAGAUAAGAUGAUCGCCUCCGCCUCCUGCAAGGUCAUCACUAGCAGCAACGGCGCCACCAUCCUCAACAAGAUGGAGGUCCUCCAGCCUGCCGCCAAGAUGCUCGUCGAUGUCUCUCGCUCGCAGGAUACCAACGCCGACGACGGCACCACCACUAUCAUCGUUCUCGCCGGGUUCCUCCGCCGCCGCUCCCUCUUCCUCCUCCCCGUCGACGUACACGCUACCAUUGUCUCCACCGCCUCUCCGUCUGCGCCGUCAAUGUCCUCCAUGGCAUGGCCCUCCCCAUCGAUCUCUCCGAUCGUGACUCCCUCGUCAUGUUCGCCGUCACCUCCCUAUACUUCUCCCUCCUCGCCCUCCUCGUCGUCGACGCUGUCCUAUCCAUCAUCAACCCCGCCCAGCCCGAUCUCAUUGACCACCGUGAUGUCACCUACGGUGACACCGAGCUUGUCAAAGGGCUCAUCUUUGAUGAGAAGGUCAACCAUGCUGCCGGAGGCCCGAUUGGUUGUAGGACCUACAGCUUUGCGUCUCUCCCAUUCCCUUCCUGAGGCUUCAAAUAAUGCUAGCCCCUUAACAUCUCCAAUGGCAGGGAACCUGUAG